GUCCCUUCCAUUUUAAUUAUUUUUUUUUUUUUUAUAUUUUCUUUUUUUUUUUUGGUCUAAAAUGAAACUAUUACUUCUAGAAGAGAAAUAUCCAACUCUUUUUUUUAUUCCAAGCAAAUGAUAACCAAAAAUGCAAUAAAGUAACGGAAAAAAUGGUUUCCGACUUGGACCUCGUGACCCGACUCCGUGAGAUUCUCGGUAGCUCCGACCUGAACACGGCGACUCCGGCAAGCGUCCGUCGUCAGUUGGAGGCGGAUUUCGGUGUGGACUUGACAGAUAAAAAAGCGUAUAUUAGGGAUCAAAUCGAUACUUUUCUCGAGAGCAAUGGCGCGGUAGAAGACAAACCUGAGAGUCCCAAGGUAGAAGAAUACAUUAAUGCCGACGAAAUCAAGGCGGAAAUUGAAGGAGGCGAUGGAGAAGACCUCGACGGAGAUGGAAGUGGAAGUGAGGAAGAGAAGGAAGAACGGCCAGUAAAGGCCAAGAAGCGAGGUGGUGGCAUUACCAAAGUAUCUCAGUUAUCUCCACAACUUGAGAAAGUUGUUGGAGCAUCUCAGUUAGGUCGAACCGAGGUUGUGAAGAAAAUGUGGGCAUAUAUCCGAGAGAAGGAUUUGCAAGACCCAAAGGAUAGGAGGAAGAUAGUGUGUGACGAGUUGUUGCAUUCCUUGUUCCGUGUUAAGACCAUUAAUAUGUUUCAAAUGAACAAGGCAUUAACCAAGCAUAUUUGGCCCUUAGGUGAUGGAGAUGGGUGUGCUAACGAUGUGAAAGAAGAAGAUGAAGAUGAGGCAUCAGAGGGAACAGAUAAGAAAGGGGAGCAGAGCGAAGAAGUGGAAGAGAAUAAGGAAGAAGAAAGUGAAGAGCAGGAAGUUAGGAGUUUGCGGAAACGCAAGAGAAAAAAGCCAGCCAAGUCGGUAGAGAAGCCCAAGAGAAAAGGAGGAGGCGGCUUUGCUAAAGUUUGCAGCCUCUCGCCAGAGCUUCAGGCGUUUACUGGGGUGACAGAAUUAGCCAGGACAGAGGUUGUGAAAUUGCUUUGGAAGUACAUAAAGGAGAACAAUUUACAAGAUCCGAAUGAUAAACGCUCUAUAAUAUGCGACGAAUCAUUUCGAUCUCUGUUCCCUGUCGAGUCCAUCAAUAUGUUUCAAAUGAAUAAACAGCUAACAAAGCACAUAUGGCCUUUAGAGGAUAAUGCAGGAGAAUCAGUUAGCUCUAAGUCUCCAAAGAAUGGAAAGCAAAAAAUGGAAUCAGAUGGAGACACAGAUAGUGAGGAACCAAAUGAGAAAGAUAAAAAGCAGAAGAAAGAAGUUCUUGCUCCCCUUCCACUUUCAGAUGCUCUUGUCAAGUUCUUGGGUGAUGGAGAAAACUCGCUGUCGAGGGCGGAUGUGGUAAAGAGAUUGUGGGAGUACAUAAAUCAUAAUGAUCUUCAGGUAUGCCAUUUGCUCUCUACACUCUGUUUUUUCUUACUUACCUGCUUCUUUACACCAUUUUCUUAACUUAGGAUCCUUCUGACAAGAGGAGAGUCAUAUGCGAUGAGAAGCUGAAAGAACUCUUUGAAGUUGAUUCAUUCGAAGACACAUCAGUCUCAAAACUUCUGACCAACCACUUCAUCAAGGCCGAACAAUGACUCUUUAGGAAGUAGCCAGUUUUCCACGUAGGCAAAACCCAGUUCUCCUUUCCUGGACAUUUUUUUUGGAUCAGUAGAGGUCGGUUCAGGACUUGUAACGCGCGACAAAGCCAUUUUGGAUUUGAUUUGGUCUCCUCCUUCACUUUACUGGUAAGUUAAAGACUAAAAAGGUAUCUCGAUUGUGAGACUUGUAAGCAUUGCGUUUUCUGAAUUUGCUUGCAAGUGCAGCCUUUUUGAGUUCUUUCAAAUGUUUGCCCUUUUUGGUAUAUAGUGACAGAAACCAAAUUCAAGGAUAAUAUAUGUUUUAAGACCAA